AUGAAUAAGAUAAGGUAUACAGCUGAUGAAGCUCUCACGAUAAUUUUGGAACCUUGUUCAGAUUCUGAAAUGUCGGAUUUAGAAGAUAGCAGUGAUGAUGAUAUUGAAAUUUCUAAAAAACAAGACAGCAAUCACAUUGAUAAUCAAGUAACAACUAUACAUUUUGAUGCUGAUAUUGAAUCUGAAAAUACUACUGAUGUUAUCGGCUGUACAAAAAAUAUAGACACAAAAAAUAUGUCAAAAUUUGAUAAUCACGUAUUUAGAUGGAGAUCAUCACAGCUUUUCCAAUUAAACACAGAGUUUCUUGGAACUAAGUUUUCUUUACCACUUAAUGUUAACACUUUAACACCUUUAAACUAUUUUGAAAUGUUUUGGAAGCAUGAAAUUAACAAACAUAUAUCAGAUGAGACUAAUUUGUAUAGUGUGCAGAAAACAUCACAAAGUAUUAACACUACUGUGAAAGAAAAUGAGCAGUUUAUAGUCAUGCACAUAUAUGUCCUUUGUAAAAAUGCCAUCACAUGCAAUGUACUGGGCAUCCGCAACAAGAUAUCCUCUAAUUGCAGAUACCAUUUCAGAAAUAAUUGUAUUUUAAUUGAACCAGAAGUUGAACAGUCUAUAGACGAACAGGUUAUACCAGCUAAAACCAAACGUAGUGGUAUCAGACAGUAUAAUCCUAAGAAACCUACAAAAUGGGGUUUCAAAAAUUACGUUCGAUCAGGUGCUUCUGGUUUCAUGUUAUUCUCUGAUAAUUGGUUUUCUUCAUUACAACUUUGUCUUCGUCUUAAAGAAAUGGGAUUCUUAGUAACUUCAACCAUAAGAAGUGAUCGAAUUGAAAAUUGCUCAUUACCAACAGAAAAAGACCUAAAGAAAUCUGGGAGAGGAAGUCAUGCGUACAAAACUGAUGUAAAUUCUAACAUUGUGAUAACAAAAUGGUUUGAUAACAAGUGUGUACAUAUGUGUUCCAAUUAUGUGGAUCCAAAAUCAGUUUGUUCUAGUCAAAGAUGGCAUCAAAAAGAAAAAAAAUUUGUCACAAUAAAUUUUCCAGAGGUUGUAAGACAAUAA